UUGUCUCCUUCCCAGGAAAAUGGGGGGCAACCAGACUUCUGUCACAGAGUUCCUCCUGGUGGGAUUCCCGCUCAGCCCAAGGAUGCAGCUGCUCCUGUUUGGGCUCUUCUCCGUGUUCUAUGCCUUCACCCUGCUGGGCAACGGGGUCAUCCUGGGGCUCAUCUCACUGGACUCCAAACUGCACACCCCCAUGUACUUCUUCCUUUCCCAACUGGCCACUGUCGACAUAGCCUAUGCCUGCAACACAGUGCCCCAGAUGCUGGUCAACCUCCUGAGCCCAGCCCAGCCCAUCUCCUUUGCUGGCUGCUUGACACAGACCUUUCUCUUCUUGAUUUUUGCUCACACUGAAUGUCUUCUCCUGGUGGUGAUGUCCUAUGAUCGGUACGUAGCUGUCUGUCUCCCCCUUCGGUAUUCUACCAUCAUGAGCUGGAGAGUCUGCAUCACCCUGGCAGUGGCUUCCUGGACUUUAGGGUUCCUCCUGGCCCUAGUACAUAUGGUGUUACUCUUACUGUUGCCCUUCUGUGGGCCCCAAAAUGUGAAUCACUUUUUGUGUGAACUUCUAGCUGUUCUUAAACUUGCCUGUGCUGAUACCCACCUUAACGAGGUUGUGAUUGUGGCUGUGGGAAUGUUGGUGCUGGUGGGACCAGUUUCUGCAAUUGUGGUCUCCUAUGGUCAUAUUCUAUGUGCUGUCCAGAAGAUCCAGUCAGCAGAGGGGCGCUGGAAAGCUUUCUCCACCUGCUCCUCCCACCUCUGUGUGGUGGGGCUCUUUUAUGGGCCUCCCAUUAUCAUGUAUAUUGGACCCCAACAUGGGGACCCUCAAGAGAAGAAGAAGUACCUCCUCCUGUUUCACAGCCUCUUCAAUCCCAUGCUGAAUCCCCUGAUCUACAGUCUGAGGAACAGGGAAGUCAGUGCUGCUCUGAGAAGGAGGCUGGGAAAGGGGAGACCUUCGUGAGAGCCUCACAGAUAGAACGUACCUGAGUGUAAAGAGUUACCUCAUCCGAUACAUGCACAGGACACAGAGACAUGCUCUAGGCCUAAGGCGUCUUUGACACGAUCUUGGAUUUUUCCUGUGACUUCCUCCCAAGAAAGCCCAUUCUGAUGCUUCCCUCUGAGGAUGCUGCACAAGAAAAUGAACCUUCUUUCAGCUCUCUGCAUGGUGCAGACAUUUGUAAUAUGGUCAUGAGGUAUAUUCUGAAUAGAGGAAAUAAAUUUACAUAUUCCAUAAUCAGGACUUGUAGACAAAAUUUUAUUGUGGAAAACAAAGUAUUGGCAGACUGUUUACAAUAUAGCAGUUGAGACUAAUUACGUAUCAAUUAUUGAAAUAUUUUAAAUUUAGCAACUGUCAUCUUGAAAAAACUGGUCUACAUUUAAAAUAUUUGGUUAUUUUCCUGCAUAUGUCUAUGAGAGUGAUGUUUUGUAAGGCAUCAGCAACAUAAAAUAGGAAGAGCAUGAGCCAGGACUACAAGGGGAAGAGGAUGAAGGGUGUCACUCUGAUGGAACUAAAAACAAGAAGAGAGCCCUGGAGGAUGUCAGGCUGAAACCCACAGACACACUGGACCUGUCUCUG